AUGUUUCCGACAAGAGCCCUCUUGACACAAAAGGUUUACAAGGCUAAAAAGCCAUGGCCUCCCGACUUCUCGCUUCUCUCCCAAAAGCACCAAUUCCGACUUGAACGGCGGUACCGAAGACGGAUGAAGUUGAAGUUUGCACGGCCACGGCUACACAAGGCUGUCAACCUGGCGCAGGGAGUAAUUAUCAGCGCUGUGCUACUCUGGGGAGUAUUUAUCAAUGACUGGGGGGAGCGUGGAAAUAGGCCGGUUCAACCCAUUCGUAAUUGGGUUUCUGAUUUGAGGAAAUCUUUCUGGAGUACACCCUCGCGUCCCGAAGUCUCUAAACAACCCCGGACUCCUUCAUCCUCUGGAAGUAUCUCUGAGGCAUCUGGCCGAUAAGAUUGUCUGAGGAUGGGUUGAAGGUGGGCUGGGGAUGGAGCGGAUGGCCUACAUGAAAGCAUUUUCAACUUCAGAGGGGCCUUGGACAACACAGGUCAUGGCUCCGGUGUCACCAGUGUAUAAGGUGUGUUGUUGUGCCGAGUGUCAUAUCCAUGCUAGAAGUUAGGGAUUUCUACAGUCUCUUUCUUUUCUCGUAGAGUAUGUCGGUUUCCUGUAUAUACCAGAACUUCCCAAUUCUAUCUUAAACUCCCGCGCCCAAAGGGUGGACAUAUUGCGAAAAAACUACGAAAUCGGAUAUCAAUAUAA